AUGGCACGCAAAUUCACUCAUCAAAGAGUGAGCUAUGUGCUCCCUCUUCCAGAUGCCCCCGGUGGGCAUCGACUUGGUGUAAAUGGGCUCGCGGUUGACUCCGACAAUGGCAUUUUGUACUCCGCAGGUCGUGAUGGAGUGCUAUGCUCCUGGGAUUUGAAUCGCAACCCGUCAUCGUCACUAUCCUCAUCCGCGAAAGGCUCCAAGACGAUAAGUCACCGACAUCAAGUUCAAGCUCACAGUCACUGGAUAAACGACAUUGUGCUCACACAAAACAACUCUGCAUUGGUCUCGGCAUCCUCGGACACGACGGUCAGGGUUUGGAGGCCACAGUCGGAGGCGAAUGAGCUUCCCGUUUCUAUCGGUCGCCAUGCCGACUAUGUCAAGUGCUUGGCGACUUCUGGGCAGCAGUCCAACUGGGUCGCAUCCGGCGGUUUGGAUCAAAAGGUCGUGCUUUGGGAUCUCAACGGCGGCGGCGACAUCUUGAAGAUCGACACAUGCGGAGAUGAAGUCACUGAAAAAGGCUCAGUGUAUGCUCUAGGGACAGGUGGUUCAGUCCUCGCAACCGGUGGGCCCGAGUCAGUGGUGCGAGUCUGGGAUCCCAAAUCGGGAAAACUUAUUACGAAAUUCGUGGGACAUACAGACAACAUUAGGGGUAUCUUGAUUAACGAGUCUGGCGACACAAUCAUGACCGCGUCCUCUGACCAGACUGUCAAGGUAUGGUCGUUGACCGCCGGUCGGUGUACCCAUACUUUGACCAUGCAUAACGAUAGUGUCUGGUCGCUCUACUCCGAUCAUCCUCAGCUAUCGGUCUUUUACUCCAGUGACCGGUCGGGCCUUGUUGCUAAAACUGACACGAGAGACGUGCCCGAUAUUGAUCAGGGAACAUCAAUUGCAGCUCUGCAAGAACAUGAAGGUGUGGUCAAAGUCGUGGCUACAGGCGGCUCCAUCUGGACUGCGACUCCAAAGUCCAGCAUCAAUCGCUGGAGUGACGUGGAUACAACAGCUGAUAUUGAAUUCCCCAACACUUCAGCUCGACGAUUUAGUGGCGGUUCGCCAACACUUGAGUCUCCUCCAGAAUCGACAUCCCAGGGCCCUAUUGGAUCGAGUAAGAAUAAAAUACCACACAGUUCACUGCUUCUGCUCUCAAAUACAGCGACAUUUCCAGGGCUGGAUCCGGAAAGAGCUACUAUAUAUUCUUCCGUUAGCAGCCCGAAACCUAACGAAAUCGUCAAUGAUGAAGAACUAGGCGUCGUACUGCCUGUUCACACAGUGCCAGAAGAGACAAUCGAAGGACAGCAUGGAUUGAUUAAGUAUUCAUUGCUGAAUGACAGAAAGCGGACAUUGACUCAAGACACGGCCGGUGAGGUCGUCUUGUGGGAUUUAAUCAAGUGUGUCCCGUUGAAAGCCUUUGGAAAGCGCCACAUAGAGGAUGUCGCAUCGGAAGUCAAUACGGUUGAAAGUAUAGCCAAUUGGUGUACGGUGGACAUCCGCACCGGCCGUCUGUCGGUAAUCCUCGAGCCGAACCGUUGUUUUGAUGCAGAGAUAUAUGCCGAUGAAGUGGGAUACUCUGAAAACGAUGAACAUGGUCAAGACCAGAGGCUCAACCUCGGGAAGUGGGUACUCCGAUGGCUGUUUGGUGACUUGGUUGAAGAAGAGAUUCAGCGCGAUGAAGCAUACCGUGAGACAGCUGUAGCAAAAUCAGCAGAAUUCCGUGUCGACAAUCCCACCGAACAAACCCCAGGGUCUCAGGUGCUUCCUGAUACCUCAUCAACGACGCCACGCGUUGUGAAUGGAUCCCAUUCAAGCAUUGCCGUGCCAGGCCAUAACAUAGCAGCUCCUAGUGCCAGUAACCUAAGCUCUUCUCUUCCCACAACCGAAGAAGGGUCCUCCACCGGCCUUGGUCAUGAUCUGGAUACUCCGUUCUCUGACAAACCAAGCGAUUAUUUCUCGAAUACGCAUGCAAUCGAAGCGGACAAACAGCCGUCAACUGCAGCUGAAGAUCAAGCUUCUACAGCGCUUCCUCUAUCGCCAGUUGAGCCAGAGAAAGAAGAGAAGCGGAAAGGAUCAUCAUUGUUCGGGAAAAAGUUCAGAAUGGAGUUCCCCAAAAAGCUGGGUAGAACAUCCACUGAUGUCAAGAGCCCAGUACCGGAAGAAAAGCCAGAAGAGUCGGACAAGUCAUCUGAAAAGGAAGAAAAAGUGUUUGAGAACAGUCUUGGUGGUGUGAUCGAUCGGAUCCGUCACGAGUACGAAACAUACCUGGCUGCAAAUCCCGGCUCAAAUUUGGCCUCUGGGAUCACGCCCAGUUCUAAUGCCGAUACACCAAUGUUGAAUAUACCUCCUAAUACGUCAAUAUUGAUUCAAGAAGAAUCCGGUGACACGGCCGUAGCCGCUGAUCUCUACCGCGGUUUUGUAGGGAACGUGCGAGAGGAAACUGACAAACUCGAGAAAGCCGUUCCCCACUGGCUAGGAGAAUUGUUGUUAAAGAACCAAAUCGUGGCCAAGGAAGUGGUUAAGGUUGCUUUCGUUCUCAAGCCAUACGAAGACCAACUACCCCCGAUCGCGAAGCCUGAUGUAUCGCCCAACAGCAACAGCUCGCGACUUAAUGCCAACCGUAUGCUGCGAGUCAAGAAAGUUCUCGCUUACGUUGCUGAACGAAUUGAUCCCGUGGAUCCCACCGAUCCUGACCCGAACCCGAUGAAACCGGAAGAAUAUUUGGAAUUAUAUUGCCAAAAUAUCUUGAUCCCCGAGAAUAUGACCCUCGCGACAAUACGAACCCACAUCUGGCGUGCCGGUGGCGACAUGAUACUAUAUUAUAAAGCCAACGGCAAGAAAACAAUCCGCCCCCCCGUGGUCGAAGUACCAAGUACAGAAACCCCGGCAACGACCGAGUCGACCGAUGGAAGUCAUCCCAACGGCGUGUUGCCCCCUUCCGUUCCCAAUACAAACUCGGAGCCGCCUCUUAUCUCCGGUGUUUAG